AGAAAACGUCACUGCUGUCAAAUGUGGGCCCGUCCUGAAGACAGCAACAAGCUAGGCUGGCUGUCAGCAAGAGGAGCUAGCAGCAGGAGGAUGAACCCACAUCGAUAUUAAACCGGUUAAUUUGGCUUUUUGGUUCUAAAAUCAGGUCCUGUAAGUCUGAGAAGUUUUCAGUCCCGGUUUGAGGUCAUUUGCGUGGUUCUCGGCCGUGUUUUUGAGGCUGCCCCGGUACUUUGACAGGUGGGUAACAGUUUGUACAGACCUGUAGCUGCUCGUGCACGAAAAGUUUGUCACCCCAUGUAUUUUUUUCUGCAGCUUUUGAGUGAUAAAAAUUCAGGUUUAAAGCUCUGAAAUAUGUCUGCACGGCUGGAAUUAACAUGUCUUUGACCUUUUUGCUUAUUCAGGCCUACAGUCAGUGUGCGUGUCUCAGUGUGAGUCAGAUCAAGAAAUAAAAAAUGAAAAAUGUUCCAUAAAAAAACUUUUGACAAAUAAGGGGAAAAAAGAAAACUAGCAAAAUUAGAAAUGCAUACUGAUUUGCAUAGGAGCAGAGAAUACAAAAUAAUUAAAUCUUGAUAUGAGCUUUCCCCAACAAACGAGGUCAUGAGAUGCACAGUGAACCAUUUAAACUACAAAAAUUGACUUAUUUGGACCAGGAAAGAGUCCUAUGUAGAAUUAAUCCUACAAAUAUUUGCCCUGUUUUAUUAUAAACAAAGACAUGCCUAAAAUAGAUGGAAUAUAAAGUAUAAAGAACACCCUCUCACAUGGCCUGUAGGGUUCACAUUAAAGGUCACCAUUACAACCUCAGUGGGGAAGUUAUUUUCCAUUGAAACACCAGACUUUAUAAUAUUCAGCACACAUGAUACAACAUCUCUCCAUUUUUCCUACAGUUUCAGUUAGAGUGGUUAUUAUAACCUGCACACAAGAUAUUCAUAUGUUCCUCAAGCUAUUUAAUGGUCACAAGAUAAUACAGAAAUAAUUAUCAAAUGGCAACAAGUUAUUAUCCUGUUCGUUCUACAAGAUCAUACUAGUGCGUUCAUCAACAAGUAGGAACAAGUUAUCUUGUGGGCACAUUAUAGUCAUCUUGUGCUCAUAAGUUACUAUCCUGUGCAUGCAAGACAUGAAUGUGUCAAUGUCUUGCAUGCACAUUUUGACAUUUACAAGUUAUUAAUUGUACAAAAAAGAACUUGUUGGACAAUUAAAUGAACAAAAAAAUAAAUAUCUAGUUGGAAAAAGUUACCCUGUGGUCACAAUAAAGUUAUUUUGUUAAAGCAAGUUGAUAUUUUACACACAAUCCCUACAUGCCAGAUAUUAACUUGUUCCCACAAAUGGGCAAAAAAUGAUCUUAUGUACAGAAUAUUUUAUCUUGUGUGAGCAAUUAAGUUAUUUUGUGCACACAAGUCAUUAUCUUUUUUGUACGAUUUAAUCAUCUUGUGUGCAAAAUAUGGUCAACCUGUUUAUGCAAGAUAUUAUCUUGAGCACACUAGAUAUUGACUGAUUAUAACCAAGGUUUUUUCAGACAAUGCUUAUGCACCCAAAAAUUGAUUUCUUUUAUCUGUAAAAUAAAUAUAAACAUCUUUUCUGUGUAUGUGCAUAAGAUCAACUUUUCAUUUUACAAACCUAUGGGAGGCACUGUGUUACUCAGAUAUUCAAUUACCACUGCAACUUUUGUUAAUCCACCUAUGUGAACAAUGUUAAUUUGUGUAAAAAUGGUCUUUCCUGAUCUAAAUCUCAAUAUCUGGAAGAAUAUGAAGAAUAUUCGAUGUUUUUAUUAGAGCUAGUAGGAAUCCUGACAAAGAAAGAAGAGAAUCUGUUGAUUUUCUCGUACUGUAACUCAGAGAUUUCUAGAAAGCCUGGUAUUCAGUGAAAUCAAUGUGACAACAACUACUACUCUAUUUGUUCUCUAUUAAGUCAACGGAUGAUUUCAAAAUAAAAGUCAUGACCUGCUUUUUCUGUAUAUUUGAGAGCCUUGCCUCUGCUCAUAUCAACACAGGCUUGAGAGAUUAUUGAAAAAGCCUCGAGACAAACCGUUUACCUAAAGCCUUCCUUUAAAUUCAAACAUCUGUACAGCACUCUGUCCUGAUGGUGGUGCCAUGUCCAUUCACUUUAGACUCACUCUAGCACAUUACAUUCUGGCUAAUUGUUAAUACGCCAGUACGAGAGUCAACUUUUUAAUGUCCUUUAGGAUCUGAAGUAAAAAUUCCAGUUUGCUUUCCUCUCAUUCUUUGUAAAUCAAGGAACAGCUGUUUUUAUGCAGCUCUUACUAUUUCACCAUGAAACUGUGAAAUUCAUUGGGAGUCUGCCUUUUCCAAACCAAAACAAGUAAUACACACAUUAUGUAACAUAUGUAAGAAGGUUUUGUGAUGAAUGAUCUAGGUACUUAUGUGCUUAUCACUGGAUGGACUGAAUCCAACCGUGACUGACAGAAGCGCUAGUUGUGAUUGUCUGGCCCUGAACUGUGUCUGAAUGGAAUGACCAGAGUAACAUCACAGAUUCAUUUGACUUUAACUUGCAAAGGAUCACAUUGAAGGAGCUGGAAUCAUAACCACUCUUGUUGGUUUUGCUCCAAAGAUUUGUUAAAAAUCAGAAAAAAAUUCUCUUCUUAUUUUCAGAUCACAGAAUAAUCAAUAAUCAAGUUAGCAUGUCAGCUUUGGUGUCAAACUAUAAUCUAACUCCUGUCCUGUUAGUGUGUGACGUGGAGAGGGCCGGACACUCGCAGUCUCAGGCUGUGUUUGAUUGGUGUGAGUGUCCGUGGGCAGGCUUUGAGUUGAGUUCAGGGUCGGGGCUGCAGGUCUGUGAGCUUCCUCUCAGCUGAGGAUGAAGAGGAGGACAUCUGUUAUUCUCUGACAGCUGCUCUUUUCUUUUCUGGGACCAUUUUCUUUCCAUUUUUAACAAUCGUAUGGACUCGCCUUGAGCCGACCCCAAACCUUCCUGAAGCUUUUUUCCACAGAUCUUCAUUCAUAGUGUUUUUGUUUUUAAGCUAGUUUGGUAAAAAUGUCUCUAAGUGUCACGGGUAAGUUUAUUGCUCAGUCAUUCAGAGAGAUUUGUGAUUCACUGACUGUUAAUAAGUAACUUUGCUAACUCUCUGAUAAAAGAAAGUGCUGGAAGAGGUAAAAGUACAAAAUGCAAGAACUUUAAAAAACUAAACUAAAACUAAAUUAACUUUAAAUUUUAUCACUUAACACUUCACAGAGAUAGAUGGCUUUUAUUUUGAGGUCAGCAGCAGGUUGAAGACACAUCUUCAAUAACUUUAUAGAUUGACUUGAAGCUUGAUUGCAGAAUAAGAUGUUUGCUGUAAUAAACGCAUUUUAGGAGGAAAAACACAAACGUCACAGAAAUCUGGUGAAAUGUUAGAUUUAGGUUUUCCAUGAUUGAAAAAAUAAGUUAAAGUAAAAUAUAUAAACUUACUGCAGUAACAGUAACAAAAAGCACACCAAUACACAGUGUCCAUGUAUCAGUGUCCCAUUGUUAUCAUGGGUUACAGCCUCAAAUGUUUCACUUGAAAUUGUUUUUCUUGCAAGGCAGAUAGACUUUUUUUUCCCAAGUAUGAAAAAGUCAAGGGCUAAGUAAAGCUGGCAGAUCUUUUUUGAUUUAUAAAUUUGAAAACCAUUUGACAUUGCCUGGUGGUAAAGAUCUCUGUGUUUGCAGACCUGACCAGAGGAGCGAUGACAGAGUUCCAGGAGAAACUCCGUCAGCAGCAUGAAGAGUUGAUGCACCGCGAGCUGGAGACGCUGGUCUCUACAGAAACCGACAAGAAUGAAGCAGAAGUGAGGAAAAGUGCCCCAAAAUGUCCUCCGAAAGAUACAAGCUCUCAGAAAUGCAUUUUCCUGCUGAGUUCAUUUGAUGGUUUGGGCCAAAAUUACCAACACAUUUAAUUUUGCACCCUUUUCAUUCAGUCAGGUGUCAUCUACCCUCUUGCUUUGUACAUGCCUUUAUUAGGGAUGUACAGGAGUGACUAAUUACUUACCCUCCAGUCCUCCUUUCAGGUUAGCAUCAAAGUCCCAGUGCUGGUUACAAAUUGAGCAAGUUGAGUGGUUAUUCGCUGGUUUAGUCAGACACAGCCCACAUACAAUUUUAUCUCCAUUUUCUAGAUCAAAGCAUACUGAGAGACACCACCAGUCAUUUGUGCUUAUUUACAUCAGAGUGGGAGAGGAUUCCUGCAUUAUUGGGUGGCUUGACUGCAGCAUAUACAAUGUACACAAUAUAUGGUUGGCAUUUCAUGUAUGUGCAAACUGCCUUUAGAUAUCCUUUGAAACAGGAUAAUGUGAAGCAGUGUUCCUACCCUUUCACAUUGUCUCUCAUCAGGAUCUGUGCUUUAACAUCACAAAACUGUGAUAUGUUAUCGCACGUAAAUGUGUCUGUGUAAUAUACUGGACAAAUAUUUGUAGAGUCAAACAGAGUCCAUUAGUUUAUCUUAUCAGACAGGACAUAGACUGUGUUUGUGAAGUUUUGGGUGAACAACCCUGAGGACACAGACGGACAGAAAUACACAUAGCUACACAUGCUAACACCCAACUGCAGAAAAAUAUUAAGCAUCAGCCAGAAGUUUUAGAUAUGCCAAAUCUGCAGGAGGUGAUAGAGGCAACGGAUUUGCAUGGACUAGUGGUUUUUUUUGCCUAUUUUCAUGACCAUUUCCUUCCCAAAGCUAAUGCAAUUCAACAUUUUAGCCCCCAAGAAUUCUAAGCCCUAAAACCCUGUCACUCUACAAACUUUACAAUGUCAUGCAGCAUAUGUUACAAACAUCUGAGAGAACAACCAACAAGCAAAGGUCUAGACAGGACAAAAACAAUGUGGGUAAGAGCCACAAAUUGUUAGAAGCAAAGCAAAGAGUGUGCUCUUUUUCGAAAGAUGCCUCUUUUGUAAGGGCCUGUGUCCACUGACAGCAUUUUAUGCACUGUUAAAACCUGAACUAACAGUUUCAAAGCACCUCUCAGCAGUGCUUCUGUUGCUAUGAUACAAAAGUUGUUCCCUCAACACUUGGUCUUCCCUUUGUAAUGACUGUUAGGUCUUUUUCAUGUUGCGCUAUGUGCUUUAAGUUUGCAGGUAAAAAGUUGCCCUUGCUAAUCAUAUAGUUGCAUAAGCAGCAAAUCCAGACUUGGAAAUGGCACCUUGUGUGUAGAAUAGUUGUUAGUUUCUUCUCCCCAUCAUUGUUGACAAAGUUGAUAUCAGAAGUCCCACCUCCUCUCAAUUUUGAUUGGUCAGUGACAAACACAGCAGUGUUCCAAAAGUAAAAUGGUUUUCUGUGAGAGCUCAACAUCAUGAAACAGCUGAUGCUUAAGGUAUUUUUGUAGAUACUGAAAACUCUAAACUGUACUGGUUUGUGUUGGAUUUGUACUAAGAUAUGCCGCACACUUAAAGGAGUCAGUGGGCACAGGCCCUUAAUGUCACUUCUCUGUCACCAAACAAUCAUAAUUAAGGAGAGGUGGGUCUUCUAGCGUCAAUUAGGCAAUUGUGAAAUCUGCCUGUGGUGGACUUUGGCUCUAUGGUCUGGAUAUUUGGAUCGUUCUCCUAUAAAAAUGAUUUACUACACUUUUUUUCUUGGAAGUAAAUGGCUUCAAAAACUUUGAUAAGUCUCUAAAAUUAGUCUGAAAGUCAUCCCCAACAGGAACUGGCAGGAUUGUAGCUUCUCUGUCUCUGUGUCAUUUGAAUUUUGAUUUGUUCUUUGUCAGAUCUCCAGAAAAGACUUUGAUGGCUUCAAGAAGCUCUUCCACAGAUUCCUGCAGGUCAAAGGUCCUUCAGUCGACUGGGUCAAAAUCAACCGACCGCCGGAGGACUCGGUAAGUAGUCGACACCCCCAGCCGCCCACACUGUUUACCACAGGUCAGAGUUUCAUGUUGCAAUCCCCCGAACGGCUGGUCAAGGUCAGUGCUUAGGCUGAGGCCCAGAGCAGACGUCAAAGCAGCGGAUUGUUGACUGUCUAAAGAUAACCAGCUAGCUACAAAGAUGUGAACCAGACAAGCUAGUGAAUGAAGUCAUCUGACUUAAAUUUGAAACAAGAGAAUUUGACGCUUCAUGCUCUCAUUACAGGGUUUAAAAUUUUGUUUUCACCACACCCUAAUCUAACUGUGAAGGUUUGUUACUACCAUUUUGUUGUAUAGUUUGUUCUAAGAAUGGGAAUAGAGCGCCAGGUCUAGCUAGUUUCCAUCAGUAUCAUUUGCUUUUUAGCUCAAUGGUUCCCGUAUCUAUGCCUGGCCUAACAGAGACAUUACAAGAGGCAGUCAGCUGAAGAAAACACUGAAGAGUGGCAGAAGUUAUCAAAGACAACAGAAGACAGAAGGUCCAAAAGGCUGUCCUUUACAACUCAAUAAUUAACAGCAGUAAAACUGAAAUGGUCUGAUUUACUUACUUUAAAAUCCACUCACUCCGUGAGACCGAACUGAGUUUCUGCAUCGGAGGAAUAAGAUCACUGUGUUUUCUAAGACUGCCCAGAUCUAUUCCCUAAGAAACUGAGAUGCCCUGUAAGUUGGAAGCUGUUAGCGCUGCAGCACAAUCAGGAUUAUUUUGAUCGAUAUUGAUAUUACAAUUAUUAAAAACAAUUAUGCAACUUCAAAUGUUUGUCAAACUCAAAAAAAACUGUCAAUUCUUCAAAAAGCACAGAAAGUGGAAAAAAUGUUGACUUUCCUUUUGAUGGUACCAUCACUUGACUGGACUACUUGACUACUGAAAGGGACAAUGCUUCAGUUCAUCAAACACACAGAUACACUUCCCUCCUGCUCCUCUCCCUGCUCUCCUCUCUCCUCCUAAUAGUUUCUUCUGCUGUUAAACUAACUAAUCUUAGCGAGAACCACAACUUCUUGGUGCUCUCAGACUUUGUUUCUCAUUAAUCCGAGUUUUUGAUGAUGAAGUUAAAGUCAGAGCUCUCUGUUAAUGAUCUGCUUUUAUAUAAAGAGAUAAAAGUCAAAGAUUAGUGGCUCAAAUGAGAGAAAAAAAUCAAGUAAAGACAUAAAAGACCAAAACCAAAGACCACCAUAAAACUGGAAGUCCAAAAGCCUAAAACCCGGGACAAGAACUGUUUUUGAAGAAAAGUGGACUUUCUAAGUUUCAAUCAUUAAAAAUAAAUUAAUAUUUUGUCUUAAUAUUAACAUGAAAAUUAAUGUAAUGAAAAGUUUAUAAAAAAACUCCAAACUUCAGAUGCUCAACAGCUUCCACAGAAGACAAAUGUCAGUGUCAGCCGGCCCUAAAUCCAGACUUUCAGAUGCUGCAGCGGUCAGACUAUUCUUAGAGCUAACCUUCACUGCGCCCAGAUAUUCUGGGAACACAGUGUGUGUGUGUGUGUGUGUGUGUGUGUGUGUGUGUGUGUGUGUGUGUGUGUGUGUGUGUGUGUGUGUGUGUGUGUGUGUGUGUGUGUGUGUGUGUGUGUAAUGUCAUGCUGCUGAUAAAUAGUUGGCUUUAGUCCGGAUGUUCUCUGUACUCAGAUCUGGUUUCUGAAGCACGUCCCACAUCUCCGUUCUGUAGUAGUCGAGUCAUUGAGUCAUAAGAUGGAUUGAGGACCUGUAUUGUCUUGAGUAAAUCUCAGCUGUCAGAUUACAUUUUUAAAACAUGGUUCAUUGUACAGAAAAAUAACACUGUCCUCCAUCACAGACGGGACUAUCAUCAUGUCAGAUUCUGAUUUUAUCGAUGUUAUAAGUCUUGUCAUUGAUACCUGCUUUAUUCUGUACCUUGAAGGUCUUUGCUACAGCUCCCUCUGUUUCUUAUGCGUGUGAAUUGGAGUGGAGGUGUGCUCUCCCUUCCUCAGACUUGCCAAGGGUUAUUGGUACUGAUACUGCUUAUCAGUACCCUUAUUGAUAUUACUGUCAAUAAUAUGAAGCAAAAAAUGUUAAAAGGUGAAAAUACUUAAAAACAUUUUGAUCUUCCCACCUCGACAUGCUGCUUUCUGUACGAGACACAGAUUUUUUUGCUGUAUUACUUUUGGUACUGAGUCCUGCUGAAGUGUGUUACAUCACAGCUGACAUAUAGCACGUGUCCAUAAAUACACUUGUCUUCUGUGUGUGUCAGACUGCUGUCAGGUGCUACUGUGAGCUGUAAAGGUCAGACUGGAACUAAAACAGGUCCCACACUCUCUAAUAAGUCUCUCUGUUGUUACACAUUUGACUUUUUUCUCCAUCCACGGGCAUUUUAAGAGCAGUUUAGGAUUUUCACAAGAUACUUCUGCCUAUAGAGGAAGGAUAAGACUCCAUUCCUGACAACUGUGCUGUAAACCAGCCAUAUUGCCUUGCUAAUAAACUUAAGUGCCCUCUAAACAGAAGACCAAGUCUACCUUCAUCUUCGCUCCAGAUGUUGCCAAAACCUGAUCUUCUAAUCUUUCAUGAAUAUCCAUAAACAUUGACCUUAAAACAAACCGGGGAGCAGGAGCCAACAACUUUAGUAAGGCCUUAAUCGCAAAGGCUCUCCAGUGAGCUCUAGAAUCCUCUAGUUUGUACCAUCUCCCACCACCGGUCAUGUUUGACUGAAAAAAGAAGUAAAGAGAGAAAAAGACAGAUAAAAGAGAGUUGUUUAAGAAAAACAGGGUCAGGUAGAGUCAGGGGAAGAAGUCCAUCUGGGUCAGACUGUGUGCUCCACCUUCCCUUUCUCUCCCCGCCAUUUUCGUGAGGUGAGAGACGGGAAAAGAAAAGUGGGUCUGAGGAGGGAUCUUGGAAGAAGAUGGAAGUUUGUUUGGGUUAUAACAACUUUGGUUAGGCUGUACGCUCUGCCUCCCUGUACUACCCUUUUCAUGAGGCGGGAGAAGAGAGAGGAAAGAAGAGUGGCUGUUCCACCUUCUCUGAGACUUACUUACUUUGUGUUACUUUGAAAUUAUUUUUCUAAGGAACUUUAAUUUGAGGUUUAGUCUUUGAUGCUCUUUUACCAAUCGAGUGUCUCCUCUGUCCGUUUUAAGAUUCAGCCGUAUGACAAAAUCAAGUCCAAGGGUCUUCCUGCUGACAUCAGCGCCAGCCUCAACAAGCUCGCCGUGGUCAAACUGAAUGGCGGUCUGGGAACCAGCAUGGGCUGCAAGGGCCCCAAGAGUCUGAUCAGCGUCCGCAACGAGAACACCUUCCUGGACCUGACCGUGCAGCAGAUUGAGGUAAAGAAACACCACAAAGAAAAAUGCCAGUGGAUAGACAUUAAAACAAGUCUCAUCAAGGUGUCUCGGAAAUGUCCUGAGAAAGUCCAGGAUGCAAAGUGGCCCACAAAAAGGACUUGAAAUAUUUGGAAAAUCUCAAGAACUUUUGAGUACAUGGAGCUUUAGCAAACUGUUCUGUUUGUUUUGUUUUUUUUAAGCAUCUGAACAAAACUUAUAACGCUGAUGUGCCGCUUGUCCUCAUGAACUCCUUCAACACCAACGAAGACACAAAGAAGAUCCUGCAGAAGUACAAACACCACCGAGUCAACAUCCACACCUUCAACCAGAGCAGGUACAAACACACACACACAUGCUGCCUUCCAGACAAUGACCUUCAUAUUUCUGCAAGAUAAUGACAAACUCCUUUUUCGCAGAGGAUACAAAGCACGGUUCUGUCGUAGAAGAGUCCUGCCGAUAAACUGUCACUCUUGUCACAGAUUUUGAUCACUGCUUUUCCUCUCAGGUAUCCGAGGAUCAAUAAGGAAUCUCUGCUGCCAAUCGCUAAAAACAUGGGGACAAGUGGCGAGAAUUCUGAGGCCUGGUACCCUCCAGGUCACGGGGACAUCUACACCAGUUUCAACAACAGCGGCCUGCUGGACAAACUCAUCGCUGAGGGGAAGGAGUACAUCUUUGUGUCCAACAUUGAUAACCUGGGAGCCACCGUGGACCUCUUCAUCCUCCACCACCUCAUGAGCCAGCCAGCCGAGCGGCGCUGCGAGUUCAUCAUGGAGGUCACCGACAAGACCCGAGCUGACGUCAAGGUAAGAUUGAGUUUCUAGAGCAGGUCUGUUUUUUUUUUUCAUGUGGCAUUUUUCAGCUCUCUAUAUACCUCCUCUGUCCUCCCCUCUGUAGGGUGGUACCCUGAUCCAGUAUGAGGACCACCUCAGGCUGCUGGAGAUCGCUCAGGUACCGAAGGCUCACGUGGACGAGUUCAAGUCUGUCACCAAGUUUAAGAUCUUCAACACCAACAACCUGUGGAUCUCUCUGCCCGCCAUCAAGAGGCUGCAGGAGAAGAACAGUAUGGACCUGGAGAUCAUCGUCAACCCGAAGGUUAAAAAAAAUCCAUGUUAACCUCAGAGACGAGCAUAUUUACCUGAUAGUUUCACUGCUUUUCUAACUAGAGUCAUUUCACUCUCAGUUUGUAGCACAGUGCAGGUCAGCUGAACUUUGACAGAAGUCUUUUUUAAAUUCACUUCUUACAUGAUUUCUCAACUGGUGAGAAGUUCUGACCAUCAGGACAGGUGAUAGAGGGAAAAGUAAGCGGUUAAAAGACCUGGACCUGACUUUGCUCUUCUUUUCCUCCAGACUUUGGAUGGCGGUCUGAACGUCAUCCAGCUGGAGACAGCGGUGGGCGCUGCCAUCAAGAGCUUCAACAAUGCCAUGGGUGUAAACGUCCCGCGUAGCCGCUUCCUGCCAGUGAAGACGUCAUCCGAUCUGCUGCUGGUGAUGUCCAACCUGUACAGCAUGGAUGCUGGCUCACUCACCAUGAGCAAGAAGAGAGAGUUCCCCACCACGCCGCACGUCAAGCUGGGCAGCUCCUUCACCAAGGUCAGCUCAGGGGGGGGAAACGGUGAACUAUAAAGUAUGUUUACUUGUAUGGAGGCCCAGAGUGGACAAAAAUGGGAUCAUGUUACUUAAGGCUGUUUGGCCAAAUUUAGUUUUUUUAUCUGAGAAAAAUUCUCUUUAAAUUACGGAAUUUUAAUCAAAGAAUCUCAGAGACAGAGGAGGUUCACUGCAGUGCUCUAAGAGUCUGCAUCAUCAGACGGUCUAACAGCGUGGAUAGAAAGGAAGGAGAUUGUAUUGUGGGUUUUUCAAGUUGAAACACAUUACAAAUUAACAUAUUAAUAAGGCUAAAACUGUCAAAUUCACGAAAUUAAAGUUGUAAAAUCACCCGAUUUUGCAAUUUAAUGACUUUGAUCCUGUGAAUCGACGAGUUAAACAUUUUUUCCUAACAUUGUGUUCUUUUACAAGAGGUUUUUAUAUUUUUGAGAAUCUAAAAAGAUAUUAUUUUACAAAACUCAAAUAAUAAAUUUACAAACAACAUUUGUAAAACUACAUUACCCACAUUAGUUCAUUGACAGGAUAAUCUCAUGGAAUUUAAAAAUGUACAGGAUUAAGGUCAUAAAAUUAUGGUGUUAAAAUGUUAUGACUCUAAUUUCAAAAUAUUCUUGUAAAUAUUAGUUUUAAAAUUUUGGCUCGUAAAAAGAUUUAGUUACACUGAUCAUUUGAAAUUUACAACCCUUUUUUUUUGGAAAUUCACAGCUUAAGUCCUGUCGUAUUUCAUCAUUAGACUCAUUAAUUCAAAGCUUCUCUCUUCUAAGUUUGUGACCAUUUUUUUGUAAAUUUUUCUACUUUAUUAUGAUCAUUUUACAUUGUUAUUCAUUUUUGUAAAUUAGGAGUAUUUAUGAAUGUUUAUUCUUGUUAUCUUAAUGUAUUCUUGCAUUCCGCUGUCAUGGCAACACAGGCUUUAACAAAGAAAAUCCAUUGAGUGUUUAGAGGUUCUGUUUCUGCAGGUUCAGGACUAUCUGCGCCGAUUUGAGAGCAUCCCUGACAUGCUGGAGCUCGACCACCUCACCGUGUCUGGAGACGUCACCUUUGGGAAGAACGUCUCUUUGAAGGUAAAGAUCAUUUUCUUGCUGGAGCUUUUUUAAAUGAAGAUCCUCUCUCACGGGGUUUGAGCCUCACUUGAGAGUUUGAGCAACACGUUUCCAGUAUUUCUGCCUUCAAACUAAAGUUUUAUGGUCAUAAAUCAAAACAUCUGCGGAUACAUCUGAGGAUAUAUGGUAUCUUUAGAGAAGAACAAGGGUUAUUUUACUGUCUUUCUCCUCCUCAGGGAACCGUCAUCAUCAUCGCCAAUCAUGGCGACCGGAUCGAUAUUCCUGCCGGAGCAAUGCUGGAGAACAAGAUCGUCUCAGGAAACCUGCGGAUCCUGGACCACUGAGGCCUUCUGGGAAAAAAAGCCAUAUGCACCUUGAAGAGACUCUAAGAGAUGUGUCUUUUUUCUCUUCGCUGAUGAACCGUCACAGAUUGUUUUUGUCUGUUUUCUAUGUAAAACAGCCUGAAAGGGUCAAAGGUUAACCUCCUCCUCUUCGCUCUUCCUCCUGAUGCUCUGCAGACGUCCAGCUCUUCAUGGAGAAACUUUGUUACUGCAACUAUUACUGUAAAGUCCAAGCCAACUUUUCUGCUGUUUAUUAAAGAAGUGCAAUAUGGGUCA